AUGACUGGACAUGUGGAGCCGCACCCCUUCUGCUCCCCGCUCCCUACAGUGCGCCCUGGCCUCAGUAAAUCCCUUAUCUCAACAGGUUAUCUCCCAUUUCCAGGUGGCCUGUUCCAAAGCUCGGAACCUGUGUUCAUUCACCACAUGUUCAACCCCCAGCUCCCGUCUCAGGAGGUCUCUUACUGGGGAAGGUGGCCCGGAACCAGGACGAGUAUCUGUGGAAAAUUGCAGCUAAGCUUGCGCCAGACACUCCAAAAGGGUCUGUACAUGGAACAGACUGGGCAUUGUUGGUGGUAUGUACUGCAGUUCCAUGGAAACCAUGUCUAUGAGUCAGAAAGCAAACACCAGGCCUGUUGUAUUGAUACCAGGAGUCAGUGGAAGACAAGAGGCCAUUUGCUUCUUGCACAUCAAUCAAUCACUUCUGGACCUGAGGCCUCAGCAGAAAGCAGGCCACACAGCUUCACUCCUGAAUUCUUGGAGAGCACUCAAACAACUGCCAUACCACUUCUCUGUCUUCCUCAGAGUCCACCUGAAUUGUCAGUGGGCCCAGGAGAGGACUUUGACUUUGACUUAAGGGAUUCUAUGAGAACCAUGUGUAGUUUUGGGGUUUCCUGCACCACUUUCAGGUCAUUAGAUGGAGAACCAAGAGCUUACAGAAAUUACACUGAACAUGAAUUAGAAAGAUCCCCUCUAAUUCCCCAGACCACAACAGGGCUUCCAGUACAGCCAGCCUUUCAGCGAUUACACAUGUUCAUCAGAGCUUUGGAGCCAUUUAAUACUUUGGUGUUUUUCCUCUAA